AUGCUUGAAGUGACUGCGAUUCAAGCUGUCAAGCCUAUUAGAGGCACUGGACGUAUUGCGGCCGUGCGUCUCAGCGCAGCUGUUGAUGGAUUUAAGUCACAUUUGGUCUUCAAAGAGAUUGAAAAGAAGCUUGAGGAGGAAGGAGAGCAAUUUGUCAAGAAAAUUGGUGGAAUCUUUGCCUUCAAAAUAAAGGAUGGUCCUGGUGGGAAAGAAGCAACUUGGGUAGUAGAUGUGAAAAAUGGUAAAGGCUCUGUGGCAGUUAAUUCAGAUAAGAAGGCGGAUUGUACAAUUACAAUGGCGGACAGUGAUCUGUUAGCACUCAUGACUGGCAAAAUGAAUCCUCAGACAGCAUUCUUUCAAGGCAAAUUGAAGGUUUCUGGGAACAUGGGCUUGGCAAUGAAACUUCAGAAUCUACAACUUCAGCCAGGCAAAGCUAAACUUUGAGCUCAUUAGUGUAAACAGUCAGUUCUUGAUAUUCUUGACAAAAAAGUAGAAUGAAACUAGACCUUAUCAAUAAUGUGGUGCAGGCUGGUUUUCAUUGGACCUCUCUCACCUAAAUUCUGUGGUUAGAGACCUUAAUUCUCUUAAUAAAUUCCAUCAGUUUGUCUGUGGCAAAGAUUUUUAGGCUAAGCUUGAGGCACUAUCUCUUACAAAUGGUAUAUGUGACAACUUUUGUUUUAAUCAAUAUGAAAAAUUUUAUAAAACUUAGAGUUGAGUGGAGCUGCUUACUGUUGUUCAGGUUAGCUGGGAAGAGAGUGAGGAAGGUUAUAAAUAUUUUGACAUAUCAAUUAAGUGAGAUGCAUUUUUUAAAAGCUGUAAUAGCGGGUUAUACAAAUGCUUUCAGACUUCCAUUCUAACAAAUUUGCUGCUGCUUAAAUUAAAAUGGUCUUCUCCAGGGGAUCUCUAACAACAUUUUUUCAGAAUAGGCUUUAGGAAUUUGCUAAUAAAUGCUUUUCUUAUUACUACUUUGGGAUUAAAAAAUAAACAAAAUAUCCAGAAGGAAGCAGGAACUAGAACAUUGUUUUGAGAUUCACAGGAUUUGAUAAUAUUUCACCUUGAAAAAAGAUUAGGUUCACCAGGAGAGCAGAGAGGGAGUAUAACCAACAUUUUAGCUGUUUUCUCCUGAGAAAAUCUGGUGUUGAUCAUUAUGAAAUUCUUAUCAAUAACUUAAAAGCUUUAACUUCUGUUUUGGGAAAAUGUAUUCUGGUUGGAAGUUUAAUAGAAAAUUAAAUAUACUUUUCCUGUUCUUC